GUUCCCCGCUUGUUUCUUCCAUAGCCACCAACUGCCAAGUGAGCGUCCCUGCUGCUCUUCUCCCGCGGUCCCGCCACUCCUCGCCGCCGCCGUCACCGUUGGUCUUCGCUCUCUUUCCACCGCAACCGUUACAUCCUUCUUUGAAUUUUCUACCAUAAUGGAGGAGACUGAAGCUUGUGCAAACCACAGCCCGCUCGUUCUGUUAAAGCAAGGUGCUGAAGCUAGGGUUUUUGAGUCCAAUUUUGUGGGGAGGAGGUCUGUUAUCAAGGAACGCUUCUCAAAGAAGUAUAGGCAUCCAACUUUGGAUAUUAAGCUUACCCUUAGGCGCUUAAAUGCUGAGGCUAGGUGCAUGACCAAAGCGAGAAAGCUUGGGGUUUGUACUCCUGCACUCUAUGCCGUGGAUACUGUGUUGAACACUUUAACUUUUGAGUAUGUUGAGGGCCCUUCCCUCAAAGAAGUACUUCUUGAAUUUGGGUUGAAAGGUGUUGUUGAAGAGCGGCUUGAUGAUAUUGCUUCCCAAGUUGGUGAUGCAAUUGGUAAAUUGCAUGAUGGUGGCCUUAUUCAUGGUGACUUAACAACAUCAAAUAUGUUGCUGAAGAGUGGUACCAAUCAAUUGGUCCUAAUUGACUUUGGAUUGAGCUUCACUUCAACUCUACCAGAAGAUAAAGCUGUUGAUUUGUAUGUUCUGGAAAGAGCUCUUCUUUCAAUGCAUUCGUCAUGUGGGAAUGUGAUGGAUCGAAUACUUGCUGCAUACCGCAAGUCAUCAAAGCAGUGGUCAUCCACAUUGAAUAAACUUGCUCAAGUGCGACAAAGAGGGCGAAAGAGGACCAUGGUUGGAUGAUUCUUUUCCAAUAAUAGUUUCCUUGCUGCAGUAAAAGAAAUAUGUUUUAGCAAUGUAAUGAAUGUUACUAAUGUAAUUUUCUUCUGAACAUAAUGUAUUAGACUAGACGUGUAAGUUAUUAGGUGAAGGCUCAGAAAUGGUAUCAUUAUUAUAUUAUCUCUGUAAUAUUUUCCAUCUUCACUAUGAACAUAUCCACGUUGUUUGGAAUAGAAAUUCAAAGUGACAUUGCACUUUUAGUUGCCA